CCCGGCACCCGGGCCGGGCCGGCCGCAGCGGCACCCCCGGAGCCCUCCCCCCCGCCGCCCCCAGCGCCGCUGCCUGCCGUGAGAGAACAGCUUUGGUCGUGAAGAGAAUCCUCGGAAAGGAAUGGGCCCUGCUCUCCAGAAGCUGUUUGUCCUGAUCCCAGGAAUGCUGUAGAGGGUGGAAGGAAGCUUUCAGAAGUCGGUCAAGAUGAAUAUGGUGAAGAGGAUCAUGGGCCGGCCCCGGCAGGAGGAGUGCAGCCCCCAGGAUAACGCGCUGGGGCUGAUGCAUCUGCGUCGCCUCUUCACAGAGCUUUGCCAUCCUCCGCGGCACAUGACCCAGAAGGAACAAGAGGAAAAACUGUACAUGAUGCUGCCGGUGUUCAACAGGGUGUUUGGAAAUGCUCCUCCAAGUACAAUGACAGAAAAAUUUUCUGACCUCCUGCAGUUUACUACUCAAGUGUCACGAUUGAUGGUGACGGAGAUUCGACGGAGAGCAUCAAAUAAGUCCACAGAGGCUGCUAGUCGUGCCAUAGUCCAGUUUCUGGAGGUCAAUCAAAGUGAAGAAGCAAGUAGAGGUUGGAUGCUGCUCACCACAAUUAAUUUACUAGCUUCAUCAGGACAGAAAACUGUGGACUGCAUGACUACGAUGUCAGUGCCUUCCACGCUUGUAAAAUGUCUAUAUCUGUUUUUUGACCUUCCACAUGUGCCUGAGGUAGUUGGAGGAGCACAGAAUGAGCUACCUCUCGCAGAGCGCCGAGCGCUACUACAGAAAGUCUUUGUACAGAUCUUAGUAAAAUUGUGCAGUUUUGUGUCCCCGGCGGAAGAACUGGCUCAAAAGGAUGAUCUCCAGCUUUUAUUCAGUGCAAUAACCUCAUGGUGCCCUCCCUAUAAUCUGCCUUGGAGGAAGAGUGCAGGGGAAGUACUAAUGACCAUAUCGCGCCAUGGCCUUAGUGUCAAUGUAGUAAAAUACAUUCAUGAAAAAGAAUGUUUGUCCACGUGUGUUCAGAACAUGCAGCAGUCUGAUGACCUUUCUCCCCUAGAAAUAGUUGAAAUGUUUGCUGGGCUUUCGUGUUUUCUCAAAGAUUCCAGCGACGUAUCACAAACACUCCUGGAUGAUUUUAGGAUAUGGCAAGGAUACAACUUCCUUUGUGACCUCCUGCUCAGAUUAGAACAGGCAAAAGAGGCUGAAUCCAAGGAUGCUUUGAAGGACCUAGUUAAUUUGAUAACUUCCUUGACAACAUAUGGCGUCAAUGAAUUAAAACCAGCUGGGGUUACCACUGGGGUACCUUUUCUACUACCUGGAUUUGCAGUCCCACAGCCUGCAGGCAAAGGUCACAAUGUGAGGAAUAUUCAAGCAUUCUCUGUCCUCCAGAACGCAUUUUUGAAAGCAAAAACUAACUAUCUAGCACAAAUCAUCCUUGAUGCCAUCACAAAUAUUUAUAUGGCGGACAACGCUAACUACUUCAUUUUGGAAUCACAGCACACUUUGUCUCAGUUUGCAGAGAAAAUUUCUAAACUUCCAGAAGUGCAGACCAAAUACUUCGAGAUGCUGGAAUUUGUCGUCUUCAGCUUAAAUUACAUACCCUGUAAAGAACUGAUCAGCGUAAGCAUCCUUCUAAAAUCCAGCACCUCUUACCAGUGUAGCAUCAUUGCAAUGAAGACGCUUCUUAAAUUCACUCGUCAUGACUACAUCUUCAAGGAUGUCUUCAGAGAGGUGGGGCUUUUGGAGGUGAUGGUAAAUCUUCUUCAUAAAUAUGCAGCCCUUUUGAAAGAUCCCACUCAGGCUCUGAACGAUCAAGGGGAUUCAAGAAACAGUUCAUUUGAGGACCAAAAGCAGCUGGCUUUAUUGGUUAUGGAGACCUUGACAGUACUACUACAAGGAUCAAACACAAAUGCAGGUAUUUUCAGGGAGUUUGGCGGCGCAAGAUGCGUGCACAACAUAGUGAAGUAUCCGCAAUGCCGGCAGCAUGCGCUGAUGAUCAUCCAGCAGCUGGUGUUAUCACCUAGUGGGGAAGAUGAUAUGGGCACUUUGUUAGGACUGAUGCACUCAGCUCCACCUACGGAACUGCAGCUGAAGACAGACAUCUUAAGGGCCCUUCUCUCAGUGCUAAGAGAAAGUCACCGCACAAGAACGGUUUUUAGAAAAGUUGGUGGAUUUGUGUAUGUCACAUCUUUACUCGUUGCUAUGGAAAGAUCCUUGUGCUCACCACCUAAGAAUGGCUGGGAGAAAGUAAACCAGAAUCAAGUGUUUGAACUGCUUCACACUGUGUUCUGCACAUUGACUGCAGCAAUGCGCUAUGAGCCAGCCAACUCUCAUUUCUUCAAAACAGAGAUCCAGUAUGAAAAGCUGGCAGAUGCUGUUCGAUUGCUUGGCUGCUUCUCAGACUCAAGAAAAAUAAGUCCCUUGAAUGUCUUCCCUUCAAAUACACAGCUAUUUCAAAGACUAUUGGAGGAUGACCUAAUAUCCCUGGAUUCAGUGUCACCCACGCUACGACACUGCAGCAAACUUUUUAUUUACCUCUACAGAGUAGCAACAGAUUCUUUUGACAGGCAUGCAUAUCACUCUGUUUCAACACCUCCUGUUUACCCUCAGAAAAACAUUGCUGAUGCAAAAGUCCAGACAGGAUCUACAUCCAUACAGAGUUCUGAUGCGGUUAUUAUCCACCCUGGUGCUAUGCUUGCAAUGUUGGAUCUUCUCGCCUCUGUUGGAUCAACUACACAGCCAGAACAUGCACUAGAUCUCCAGCUUGCAGUGGCCAACAUAUUGCAAUCUCUAGUGCAUACAGAAAGAAACCAGCAAGUCAUGUGUGAAGCUGGACUCCAUGCACGACUCCUCCAAAGGUGCAGCGCUGCUCUGGCCGACGAGGACCAUUCGUUGCAUCCCCCGCUCCAGAGGAUGUUUGAAAGGCUGGCGUCUCAGGCGCUGCAGCCGAUGGUGCUGAGGGAAUUUUUACGCCUGGGAAAUCCUUUGAAUUGCGGAGCUUGGGACAAAAAACUACUGAAACAAUAUCGAGUGCACAAACCCAGCUCACUGAGUUUUGAACCAGAAAUGAGAAAUAGCAUGGUUACCUCGAUGGAAGGUCUGGGUUCUGACAAUGUGUUCAGCCUGCAUGAAGACAACCGCUACCGGAUAAGCAAGAGCCUGCUAAAACCAGCAGAAGGGAGCACAGUACCCCUGACGAGAGUGAAGUGUUUGGUGUCCAUGACUACCCCACACGAUAUCAGGCUUCACGGAUCAUCGGUCACUCCUGCAUUUAUUGAAUUUGACACGUCUCUUGAAGGGUUCGGCUGCCUGUUCUUGCCAAGUUUGGCUCCCCAUAACGCACCUACAAAUAACGCUGUCACAACAGGACUUAUCGAUGGUGCAGUUGUCAGUGGAAUUGGAACUGGUGAAAGAUUUUUCCCACCACCAUCUGGCUUAAGCUACUCGACUUGGUUUUGCAUUGAACAUUUUAGUACGCCUCCCAAUAACCACCCUGUCAGACUGCUUACUGUAGUGCGACGUGCAAACUCCUCUGAGCAGCACUAUGUAUGCCUUGCCGUUGUCCUCUCAGCAAAAGAUCGGUCACUAAUUGUAUCAACUAAAGAAGAGUUACUUCAAAACUACGUUGAUGACUUCAGUGAAGAAUCAUCAUUUUAUGAAAUUCUCCCUUGUUGUGCUCGUUUCCGCUGUGGUGACCUUAUAGUGGAAGGCCAGUGGCAUCACCUAGUUCUGGUCAUGAGUAAAGGCAUGCUAAAGAACAGUACAGCUGCACUCUACCUGGAUGGACAGCUUGUUAACACUGUCAAGCUUCACUACAUUCACAGUAGUCCUAGUGGGUCUGGUUCUGCCAACCCACCUGUGGUCAGCACCGUUUAUUCCUAUAUUGGCACGCCACCAGCCCAGCGCCAGCUCUCCUCCUUGGUGUGGCGUUUGGGGCCUACGCACUUCUUGGAGGAAGUUUUGCCUGCUGCAAGCGUUAGCACUAUUUAUGACCUGGGACCAAAUUACGUUGGAAGUUUUCAAGCCGUGUACUUACCAUGCAAAGAUUCUAAGUCGGAAGGAGUCAACUCGUCUCCAGUAUCUUUGGUACCAGAAGAGAAGGUCUCUUUUGGUCUCUAUGCACUCUCAGUUUCUUCGUUCACCGUGGCAAAAAUAAGGAAAGUUUACAACAAGUUGGAUAGUAAAGCCAUUGCAAAACAGCUGGCAAUUUCUUCUCAUGAAAAUGCCACACCUGUGAAAUUGCUACAUAACUCAGCAGGGCAUCUGAAUGGACCAGCACGCACUAUUGGUGCAGCUUUGAUAGGAUAUUUGGGAGUCAGAACGUUUGUCCCCAAGCCUGUUGCCACUACACUGCAGUACAUAGGUGGAGCUGCUGCUAUUUUGGGGCUUGUAGCCAUGGCAUCAGAUGUAGAAGGAUUGUAUGCAGCUGUGAAGGCGUUGGUCUGUGUGGUAAAGAGCAAUCCACUAGCCAGUAAAGAAAUGGAAAGAAUCAGAGGUUAUCAGUUACUGGCAAUGCUGUUAAAGAAGAAACGUUCCCUUCUGAACAGUCACAUCCUCCAUCUGACCUUUUCCUUGGUGGGAACUGUCGAUAGUGGGCACGAGACCUCCAUUAUCCCAAAUUCUACUGCCUUCCAGGAUCUACUCUGUGAUUUUGAAGUCUGGCUUCAUGCGCCCUAUGAGCUUCAUCUGUCGCUAUUUGAGCACUUCAUUGAACUUCUCACAGAGUCCAGUGAAGCAGCGAAGAACGCCAAAUUAAUGAGAGAAUUCCAGCUCAUCCCAAGACUACUCUUGACUCUUCGAGAUAUGUCUCUGUCCCAACCCACUAUUGCUGCAAUUAGUAAUGUGCUGAGCUUUUUGCUUCAAGGCUUCCCUAGCAGCUAUGACUUGCUCAGGUUUGGACAGUUCAUCUCUUCCACUUUACCUACAUUUGCAGUCUGUGAGAAGUUUGUAGUCAUGGAAAUAAACAAUGAAGAAAAACUUGACAGUGGAACAGAGGAUGAUUUUGGAGGGCUUGUGUCUGCUAAUCUUAUUCUACUGCGGAACAGGCUAUUGGAUAUCCUUCUGAAACUUUUGUAUACAUCUAAAGAAAAGACAACUGUUAAUUUGCAGGCAUGUGAAGAACUAGUCAAGACACUGGGUUUUGAUUGGAUUAUGAUGUUUAUGGAAGAACACCUCCAUUCCACCACUGUCACAGCAGCCAUGAGAAUUCUUGUGGUCCUGUUGAGUAAUCCAUCUAUCUUGAUCAAAUUUAAGGAAGGUCUCAGCGGUGGAGGCUGGCUUGAUCAGACGGAUUCUGUCUUGACCAAUAAGAUUGGUACUGUGCUAGGGUUCAACGUUGGCAGGAGUGCUGGAGGCAGAUCAACGGUCAGGGAGAUUAACCGGGACGCUUGCCAUUUUCCCGGCUUCCCCGUUCUUCAGUCCCUUCUCCCUAAGCACACUAAUGUACCUGCACUCUAUUUCCUCCUCAUGGCCCUUUUCCUGCAGCAGCCAGUCACUGAACUGCCCGAAAACCUGCAGGUCAGUGCGCCUGUCAGCAGCAGCCGAUGUAAUCGGGGUUGCCAGUUUGAUUUAGACUCUAUUUGGACAUUCAUAUUUGGAGUUCCUGCCUCCUGUGGCACUGUUACCUCUUCAGUACACAAUGUUUGCACAGAAGCUGCCUUCUUGUUAUUGGGAAUGCUGAGGAGCAUGCUGAAUUCUCCUUGGCAGUCUGAGGAAGAAGGCUCUUGGCUUCGUGAAUACCCAGUCACCUUGAUGCAAUUCUUCCGGUAUUUGUAUCACAACGUGCCGGACCUGGUUUCUUUGUGGAUGAGCCCAGAGUUCCUGUGUGCGCUGGCAGCAACUGUGUUUCCUUUCAACAUACGACCUUACUCUGAGAUGGUCACUGAUCUUGAUGAUGAAGUGGGGUCCCCAGCUGAAGAGUUCAAAGCCUUUGCAGCUGACUCUGGCAUGAACAGGAGCCAGUCAGAAUACUGCAAUGUGGGCACCAAGACAUAUCUAACCAACCAUCCUGCCAAGAAGUUUGUGUUCGACUUCAUGCGUGUGCUGAUAAUUGAUAACUUAUGUCUGACACCAGCCAGCAAGCAGACUCCACUAGUAGAUCUUCUGCUAGAGGCUUCCCCCGAGAGAUCAACACGAACACAGCAGAAGGAGUUUCAGACAUACGUUUUGGAUAGCGUGAUGGACCACUUACUUGCAGCUGAUGUUUUAUUGGGUGAAGAUGCGUCUCUACCUAUAACAAGCGGAGGAAGCUAUCAAGUGCUGGUGAACAAUGUGUUUUAUUUUACGCAGCGUGUGGUAGAUAAGCUUUGGCAGGGCAUGUUCAACAAAGAAUCCAAACUUCUUGUAGACUUCAUAAUCCAGCUCAUUGCACAGUCAAAAAGAAGAUCUCAGGGAUUAUCGCUGGAUGCCAUUUAUCACUGCCUGAAUAGGACCAUCUUGUAUCAGUUCUCAAGGGCGCAUAAAACUGUUCCUCAGCAAGUUGCUCUCCUUGAUUCCCUAAGGGUCCUUACUGUGAACAGAAACUUAAUUUUGGGGCCUGGGAAUCACGACCAAGAGUUCAUCAGCUGCCUAGCUCACUGCUUGAUUAAUCUGCAUGUGGGAAGCAACGUAGAUGGGUUUGGAUUGGAAGCAGAAGCCAGGAUGACAACAUGGCACAUAAUGAUCCCCUCUGAUAUAGAACCAGAUGGAGUUUACAAUCAAGACGUCAGUGAAGGUCGCCAGCUUCUUUUAAAAGCCAUAAACAGAGUGUGGACAGAGCUGAUUCAUAGUAAAAAACAGGUUUUGGAAGAGGUUUUCAAAGUGACGCUACCUGUCAAUGAUCGUGGCCAGGUGGAUAUAACUGUUGCAAGACCUUUUAUUGAAGAAGCAAGUUUAAAAUGUUGGCAAAAUCAUUUAGCCCAUGAGAAGAAAUGCAUCAGCAGAGGAGAGGCUUUGGUUCCAACCACGCAGUCCAAACUUUCUCGAGUUAGCAGUGGGUUUGGCCUCUCUAAACUAACUGGUUCCAGGAGAAACCGAAAGGAGAGUGGGCUCAACAAGCACAAUCUAUCUACACAGGAAAUUUCCCAGUGGAUGUUUACUCACAUUGCAGUGGUUCGGGACCUGGUAGACAUGCAGUAUAAGGAAUAUCAGGAGCGGCAGCAGAAUGCGUUAAAAUACGUGACAGAAGAGUGGUCUCAGAUUGAAUAUGAGUUACUGCGGGAGCGAGGUCUGUGGGGUCCUCCCAUCGGCUCCCAUCUCGACAAGUGGAUGUUGGAGAUGACCGAGGGUCCCUGCAGAAUGAGGAAGAAGAUGGUGCGAAAUGAUAUGUUUUAUAUUCAGUAUCCAUACAUGCCUGAAGCUGAGCAAGAGACAAAUUUGUUGUCUGACUUCCCAAGUAAACUUCCUGAGACACCCGAUGAUACCAUUCCUCAAAAGAAACCUGCUCGUUACCGAAGGGCCGUAAGUUACGACAGCAAGGAGUACUACAUGCGCCUCGCUUCUGGAAACCCUGCGGUCUUCCAGGACGCUAUAGAAGAGAAUACAGUGGGUGAAACUGCUCAGCAGGAGCCUGAGCAUGGGGAGGACACCAUUGCGAGAGUCAAAGGCCUAGUAAAGCCUCCUCUGAAAAGAUCGCGCUCUGCUCCUGAUGGAGGAGAUGAGGAGAAUCAGGAACAAUUGCAGGAUCAAAUUGUUGAGGGGAGUUCAAUCGAUGAAGAAGAGAAAACCGACAAUACAACUUUGCUUCGGCUCCUCGAAGAAGGAGAGAAGAUUCAGCAUAUGUACCGCUGUGCUCGAGUUCAGGGCCUUGACACCAGCGAAGGGCUGCUUCUCUUUGGGAAAGAGCAUUUCUACGUGAUUGAUGGAUUUACAAUGACAGCCACCAGGGAAAUACGGGAUAUUGAGACGUUGCCUCCAAAGAUGCAUGAGCCAAUCAUUCCCAGGGGAGCAAGGCAAGGUCCAAGUCAACUCAAAAGAACAUGCAGCAUUUUUGCAUACGAGGAUAUCAAGGAAGUACAUAAAAGGAGAUACCUGUUGCAGCCAAUCGCAAUUGAAGUUUUCUCAGGAGAUGGACGGAACUAUCUUCUAGCUUUCCAAAAAGGGGUUAGAAAUAAAGUUUAUCAAAGGUUUUUGGCUGUAGUACCAUCUUUAACUGACAGUUCAGAGUCAGUGUCUGGACAGAGACCAAACACCAGUGUAGAACAAGGGUCUGGCUUGCUUAGCACUUUAGUUGGAGAGAAAUCUGUUACUCAGAGAUGGGAAAGAGGAGAAAUCAGUAAUUUCCAGUACCUGAUGCACUUGAACACUCUGGCGGGUAGAUCCUAUAAUGAUCUCAUGCAGUAUCCUGUCUUUCCCUGGAUCCUUGCGGAUUAUGAUUCGGAGGAAUUGGAUCUUACAAAUCCCAAGACAUUCAGAAACCUGGCCAAGCCCAUGGGUGCUCAAACAGAAGACAGGCUAGCCCAGUACAAGAAACGAUACAAAGAUUGGGAAGAUCCCAAUGGAGAAACUCCAGCUUAUCACUAUGGGACCCACUAUUCAUCUGCCAUGAUAGUGGCUUCCUAUCUUGUCCGGAUGGAACCUUUUACUCAGAUAUUCUUGCGGCUGCAGGGCGGGCACUUCGACUUGGCCGACCGAAUGUUUCACAGCGUGCGGGAGGCUUGGUAUUCGGCGUCGAAGCACAACAUGGCAGACGUCAAGGAGCUCAUCCCGGAGUUCUUCUACCUCCCCGAGUUCCUGCUCAAUUCCAACAACUUUGACCUAGGUUGCAAACAAAAUGGCACUAAACUUGGGGAUGUAAUACUCCCGCCAUGGGCAAAAGGAGACCCUCGUGAAUUUAUCAGGGUUCAUCGGGAGGCUCUGGAAUGUGACUUUGUGAGUGCACAUCUGCAUGAGUGGAUUGACUUGAUCUUUGGCUACAAACAGCAAGGUCCUGCUGCAGUAGAAGCUGUAAAUGUCUUUCACCAUCUCUUCUAUGAGGGGCAGGUGGACAUAUAUAACAUCAACGAUCCAUUAAAAGAGACGGCUACCAUAGGAUUCAUUAAUAACUUUGGGCAGAUACCAAAGCAGCUCUUUAAAAAACCGCAUCCACCAAAACGGGUUAGAAGCCGAGUGAACGGAGAGGUGAUGGGAACCUCUCUGCCGCCUGGUUCUACAAGUGACAAGAUUUUUUUCCAUCAUUUAGACAACCUGCGGCCAUCCCUUGCACCAGUAAAAGAGCUGAAGGAGCCCGUAGGGCAGAUCGUGUGUACCGAUAAAGGCAUUCUGGCAGUAGAGCAAAAUAAAGUUCUCAUCCCGCCUACAUGGAACAAAACUUUUGCUUGGGGCUACGCAGAUCUCAGCUGUAGACUGGGUACCUACGAGUCGGACAAGGCAGUGAUUGUUUAUGAGUGUUUGUCAGAGUGGGGUCAGAUACUGUGCGCUAUUUGUCCAAACCCCAAACUAGUUAUCACUGGAGGAACAAGCACGGUGGUGUGUGUGUGGGAAAUGGGCAUCUCCAAAGAAAAGGCUAAAGCCCUCACGCUGAAACAGGCGUUACUCGGUCAUACUGACACUGUCACAUGUUUAACAGCAUCACUAGCUUAUCACAUAAUUGUGAGUGGGUCCCGGGAUCGCACCUGCAUCAUCUGGGACUUGAAUAAACUUUCGUUUCUAACACAGCUUCGAGGUCACAGGGCUCCAGUUUCAGCCCUCUGUAUAAAUGAAUUAACGGGGGACAUUGUGUCCUGUGCUGGCACUUACAUCCACGUGUGGAGUAUUAACGGCAACCCUACUGCAAGCGUGAACACGUUCACCGGCCGAAGCCAGCAGAUCUUGUGCUGCUUUGUGUCAGAGAUGAAUGAGUGGGAUACGCAGAACGUCAUCGUGACGGGACACUCGGAUGGAGUUGUCCGGUUCUGGCGGAUGGAGUUUUUGCAAGUGCCAGAAACACCAGCUCCAGAGCCCGUGGAGAUACUAGAAAUGCAAGAGGAUUGUCAGGAAGCACAAAUAGGGCAGGAAGCCCAGGAAGAGGAGAGCAGUGACUCCGAGGCGGAUGAUCCGUGCAUCAGCCAGGACACAAAACCGCAGGAGAGUCAGAGUCAACCAAGCAGCACCAGCCACCGGCCGAGGUCCUCGUCGAACAGAGCGGCAGCAGCGGCGUGGUCCGCCGAUAGCGGCUCCGAUGACUCGAGGCGUUGGUCGGACCAGCUCAGCCUGGACGAGAAAGACGGCUUUAUCUUUGUGAAUUAUUCUGAGGGACAAGCAAAAGUGCAUUCCCAUGCUCAGGUUAACCACCCACACCCCAGCUAUGCUGAAGCACGGCACUACAGCAAGCUUAAACCAGGAUACAGAUGGGAGCGUCAGCUAGUGUUCAGGAGCAAAUUAACUAUGCACACCGCAUUUGAUCGCAAGGACAACGCACAUCCAGCAGAAAUCACGGCACUUGGCAUCUCUAAGGAUCACAGCAGAAUUCUGGUUGGGGAUGUCCGGGGCAGAGUGUUCAGCUGGUCUGUAAGCGAUCAGCCUGGCCGAUCUGCGGCGGAUCACUGGGUGAAGGACGAGGGGGGAGACAGCUGUUCGGGCUGCACGGUCCGUUUUUCCCUCACGGAGAGGCGUCACCAUUGCAGGAACUGUGGGCAACUCUUCUGCCAGAAGUGCAGUCGGUUUCAAUCCGAAAUCAAGCGCCUGAAGAUUUCAUCGCCGGUCAGGGUCUGUCAGAACUGUUACUACAACCUGCAGCACGAGCGGGGUUUGGAGGAAGGGCCCAGGAAUUGACGGGGUAACGAGCGGAGAGCGGAGCCGCGGGGGGACCCCGUCCAGCGCCGCCGCUCCGAGGACGAACCGUCGGGUCGUGCAGUGAUCAGAAGGGAUUAGGAUAUCGCCUGUUUACACUUAAGUUUAUACUGCGUUUUAAGCACUGAAAGUAAAAGGGAUCAUUGAAUUGGUUUGUGGUGAUUGAAGGUGUAUGAGGCUAACAGAAUAUUUAAAUGAAGAACAAGGCCCAGGAAGACAUGAGUGAUGACUGCAAAUACAAUAAAACUGUCAACCUCUAAAUCUCUCUGUUGACGUGGCUAUCAAGAAAAUCCUCACUUAUCCUAACCACCCGUUCUUGUCUUGUUUUUGUAGAGCUAGUCAUCUUUACUGGGGGGAGGAGGGGAAGGGGAAGGCUUUUUAGAAGAUAGUUGUAAAUCUGCCUUCUUCGCAAGCAACUGUGUAUAUUGUAAAUAGGUAUAAUGGCCUUUUUAUCUAAUUAUGAACUUAACUGCCUGUUACAUGGGACUUCAGAUUAACCACUAUACUUUGUGUGUCAUCUUUAUCUCAUCUAUCAACUUAAAUAUGAAUGUUCAGAAAAGAAAAAAAAAACUCAAAGGCAUUAUGUGUAUUUCUGUUAAAAAUCCAGUCUGUGCAUGUUUGUUCUUUCAGUUGCCCACAGUAUCUUAAUUUAAAUAAGGCUAUUCAUAGAACUACAUGGAUUUUUCAAAAGAGAACUUUUUUUGAGAAUAGGACUUGGAGUAUUUUAUUCUAAUUGUAAGAUAACCAGGAACUAAAUUGUACACUUUUGUUGCAUUUUAUACCAAACUAUUUACCACCUCAGUGUUGCUCAUAUUUAAUGAGGCCUCUUUUAUACAUAUGUCAGAGCUGCAGUUUUGUUAAUUACUGAAUGUUCGUUCGCAGCUGAUUCAUGCAGUGCAAGAACCAGCUUUUACCUUCUUUAGUCAAUAGCAGUUGGCUUGCGUAUAGCUACGGAAUUAAUUUCCUGUGCAUAAAAUUAACCACUGUUGUCCCGUACUGUAGCUCGGUUUCAAAAAAUGUAUGGAACAACGUAGUCGUUGCUCAGUAACUGCGUAGUAUUAAUAACGUCAGAAAUGCUUCCUAAAGCCUGUCUUUACGUUCCAGUACGUGGCAUCAGCCUGAGGACAGCAGUUGAUUUUCCUUUACCGUUUUUAAGUUUUAAUACAAAUUUAAUAGCAGUAUGUUUUUUCUUUUUGUUGUUUUUUUUUUUGUUUUUUUUAACUACUUGGUCAUUUGUUUUGCACUACCUGUGGGAUGAAGUAGAGACACUGACAUCCACUGAGAUUGGAACACAUGCAUCAGGCCCAUGGACUUAUUUUCUGAAUGAGGUCUUGACGGUGUUUUUUUUUUUUUUUUAAAAAAAAAAAAAAGAAGAAGAAGAAGAAAAAAAUGUGCGUGUAUAUAUUUUGUAAAUGGGUGACAAACUGGUAUAGAUUUAGGUUAUAUUCACAGUGGAUCCUUUUAAAUAACAGUAAGGACACGACCCAAACCAACAGAAGGCCAGUGGCGGCUCAGCUCCCGCUCCGGGGACGUCUCUGCGAGGUUUCUUCGCACCGAGCAGUGGCAUCGGCCUUCGCCGGUGUGAUCGGAGCAGAGCCCAUCCCCGGGGCGGCGAGGGCCUCGAACGGACCCUGUCCUUCGAAUUGCACCGCCCGAAGCGGCGGGCGCCCGGAGACGGCGCGAGCUCCUUCCGGAGGGUCCUCGGCGCUGCCUGGGCACAUCUGUCUUCUCUUGAUUUGAGCUUCUAGCGGUGAAUAAUUUGUUAAUCCUGACCACUUGCUAUUUACCCUGAUGUCACAUGUUUAUGCACUGAAGGUUAAAUAUGUAUUUUGAUACAUGUUUGUUUAUUAUGUACGUGCUGGUCUGUAAAAUUAGAUAAAUUCCUGUUUUGGUAUGUAUACUGGGUCCCCAAAUGAACAGAGAUGCUUCUUCAGAGCCCUUGCACACUGUUGAGUAAAUGCAGGUUUAUUUAGAUUAGCCGACCCAAAUAGACCCCUUUUGAAUCCAAGCUGUGACGAUCGCGUAGCCGCUCUCCGUGGCUACCUUGACAAGUUCGUCCUUAAAAGUGAACCAACCCAACAUCCUCAGUAGGAGCGUGUGGAGCCCCUGAAUUCCUGUACCCCGAUGCUCUCGGUGAUGUUGCCUUGACCCUUCCCAAAAGGAUGCCAAAACAGCAUAGUUUGGAAGCCAGGCUAGUGGCCUGGACCUUUGCAGGUCAAAGAAAUGCGGCUAUUUUAACAUCUGGUAAAUGCCGUCGAGUCCGCAGAGUUUUCUCCCUUUGCCUCCACUUUUCAGAUCAAAACCACAUUACCAAAUAAUAAUAAUAAGUUUUCUAUGGACCGAAACUUAAUUGACUCUUACAGCCGCAUGAUUAAACCCUGAGGAAAACGGGGCUUCUGACAGUAACGCUAAUAUAACCAAAACACUAAAACGAAACGUUGGCGUUUAGUGCUCGCGCGGGGCCGUAAACGUCGGGGGCCGGGAGCGAAGGCGCAGUCAGCCGCGUUUAACUACCCAGGCACGUCGUACCCGUGUUAUUCUACGCCUUUGACAUCUGGCAGCGUACUUCAAAAUCCACGGUCGCUUAUUCGUCCCAAAUUCUGUAGCGUAGAGGUUGAGUUAGUACUUCACCCGAACUUGCGCUUUGCAAACCGGUAACUGCAGCCCUCUGGCUCGAUUUCUCCCAAAAGAGAAGUCCCAAAACAUGGCC